GGCUCAUUCCUUGUUGAGGACUUGGAGCUUCAGCAGAAGGUGCAGACCAUCCAUCAGCAGCUCCAGUGCCUGAAGGAGUGCCCCAGGCGACGGCCCGUCAUCCUCAAGUUCUGCCUGCAGGGCCUGAAAAUGUACAGCACAGAGGGAGAGGCUCUGCUCAUGGCCCAUGCCUUGAAGCGCAUCCUCUACAGCACCUGGACACCCGCCGACUGUCAGUUUGCCUUUCUGGCCCGCAAUCCGUUCGGCCCUCCCGGGAAGUUAUUCUGCCACGUGUUUGUGGGCAGCGAGCCCAGCGAGGUCCAGACGCUGCACUUGCUGCUCUGCCGCUCGUUCCAGCUCCACUACCUCCUGCUGCACCCUGAGGAGCAAGACUGGGCCCCCAGCAGCUCUGCCCCGAGGAGGGAGCCCGGAAGGCUCCUGGGAGCCCCCUCUCUGGAGAGCCGCGUGGUGUGGGAGUCUCUCGGCCCGGAGGAGGUCUCACAGAACGUCAACGCCCUGGUCUCCUUCCGGAGGCUGCCCUGCCCGGCUGACUUUGGCUCCUCCAGAGAGAGGCUGGAUUUGGAGGAGAGGAGCAGCCUGGGCAGCUCUCGGCCCGGCAACCCUUACUGCUCCCCGAUCCUGGUGCGCAAGAAGGCCAUCCGCAGCAAAGUCCUCCGCUCCGGCGCCUAUCGGGGCUGCACCUUUGAAGCUCAGCUGCAGCAGAGCGCCCGGGAGAUGGUGCACACCAGCGGCGAUGGCAGCGCGAACAGAGGCAGCCUGGCUUACUUGCCUGACAGCGAGAGCAGCCUGAUGGAAAACGUCUGGUCUUUUGCGGGGAUCGACAGGGAAGCUGGACUGGCCUUGCUCAGGAAUGACGUUCUGGGCGCCUUCCUUCUCUGGGCAGAGCUGGGCUCUUCCAAUCAGUGGUGUCUUAUGGUGAGGACGAGGUGUGGAGUCAUUCCGUACCAGAUCUACAGGAGCCAGCUCGGGAAGUAUUCUGUUGAGCACUUGAAUGUGGAGUUCCCCAGUAUGGAAGCCCUGCUGGAUCAUUACUCUGGGAUGAAAGGGGGCCUCUUCUGCUCCUUGGCUGCAGGCCGGGCACACCAUUGCUAUGAGGAACAAGAUUAUUCAGCAGAGAAUGAAUGGAGAGAGCAGAGUCGCUCGCAGGCCUCGUGGCUAUUUGGUCCCAGUAAGUCUCUGGCGGUCCAGCAGGAACUGGGCUAA